CGAUCUUCUUGAUCUGAUCUUCUUGUUGUGCUACUAUGUCCGGUACAACAUGCAACCCCGUCGUGUCGUUCGAUUCCGCCAUCCCGUGAGAUACGUCGUCGCGACCCUCCUCCUGUUGGCCUGGCUCUUCUACUGCCUUCCUCGAACCGAGCGUCCCCAACCUAUCCCUGCGAUCCCUCAAACCGAGACUCACUAUGGCGGCUGCGACAUCGACCUCGAACUCUUGAAGUCCUACGAGUUUGGCUCUUCGAUAGAAUAUGCGCGCUGGGAGAUCGCCGUAGUCCCGUCGAAGAACUUCAAGGGCUUCUCCGAUACGCUGGACGUACCCCUCCCCACCUGGCAGACCGUGAAGUUGGACGACACGGAAGAUGCUCGCAAGUUGCUUCCGCGAGAACAAUGUGCCCCGACCGUGAUGAUUGAGGUUCCAGCGACGCAGCCGCGUGUGGAUGCUUCGCAUCUUGUCGUCGGUGUCGCGACCUCCCUGGAGCGGCUUAAUGACUCGCUGGAUGCAUUUGCCAUUUGGGCGGGCGGGACAAACUGCCGCAUCUUCGCACUGGUCGACAAUGUCUCCUCCGGCGCGAAGAACCGGGUCCUACAAAAGGCCAGUGAUUUGGAUAUCAAGCUGACAAUCAUCGCCUCCUCCGAGGAACUUCUCGAUCGAUACUUCUCCUUGACCCGAGUGCUGCUGCGGAACCGCGACGAAAAGACCCAGUGGGGGGUGAUUAUCGACGACGAUACCUUUUUCCCGUCCAUGGCGAACCUCGUCAAGAGACUCGCCACCUACGAUUCCUCGCAACCGUACUACAUUGGUGCCCCGACCGAGAAUUUCGCUCAGAUGGGAAUCUUCAACUACAUGGCCUACGGAGGCGGGGGUGUCUUUCUCUCAAUACCACUACUGGAGGAGAUGGACAAGGUGUUCGACGACUGCUAUGAAUUCAAGGACAUGGGUGAUAAACGAGUGGCUCGCUGCAUCUAUCAUCAUACCAACACCAAACUUACGUGGGACCACGGGCUGUUCCAACUGGACAUGCGCGACGACGUCUCCGGGUUCUUCGAGGCCGGUCGGCCAUUGCCUCUUUCGCUGCAUCACUGGAAGUCCUGGUUCGACGUCGACGUGGUCGCCAUGCACAAGGUCGCUUCUAUCUGCGGAGAUGAUUGCCAGUUGCAACGCUGGCGUUUAACCGAUGAUUCGUUCUUCGUGAACGGCUUCUCUGUCAUCAAGUAUUCGCAACCCAUGCAUGACAUGCUCUCGAUGGAGCAAACGUUCGACGACAGCGACUGGGCCCGUGACGAGGGAUUCGCGUUCAGUCUGGGACCACUACGUCCAAAGGACUACGACAAGAUUUCAUUCCGUAUGCGUAGCGCCAUCGUUGACGGGGAUCGUGUCCGACAGCUUUAUAUCGACCAGCCACCGCCGGAGUUGAAUUUAAAACCACGUGUCCUGGAAGUCGUCUGGUCGAAGGCAAGGGGAGCAUGGUGAUAUUUCCUCGGUUCUACAAUGGCCCCCAAGCAGGGGUUGCGCUAGUGAUACACAGGCUGAGUACUGUACUUUAUAAUGAAAUUUAGAAUGGCAUUUGACGACUAAAUCAUCGUCGC